AUGCCCAAUGUGAUCAAGGGGAAGUUCGAGCCGUAUUGUUGUCUGGAAGUUUUGCAGGCGUGUCUGGUAGGGAGUGUUCGGCUCGGCGUGGGCCUGUUUACGGGGAGUGUGGUGGCGAUAAAGUGUGUGCUGAGUCUGGGAAAGGAGAGUUUGGAAGGCAGCAGCUUGCCGGAGACGCCUCUGGCUGAAGUGUUUUUUUCUCGUACCCUAUCGGAUUGUCCCAGCUUCGUCAAGGUGAUUGAAGUGGUCCAGCAGGGCGACUCUCACUACAUCAUUACUGAGUAUGCCAACGGCGAAGAUCUAGUGGAGCUUUUGAAGCAGUACCCGGGUGGGGUAGCUGAGCCGGUGGCGGCUUUGACCAUUCGUUACGUGACGGAGGCAAUUCUGUGUUGCCACCAGAAGGGUAUUGCGUUGCAGGACUUCAGUUUGGAGAACUGCUUAUUAUGUGUGGCGGGUGUGAGUGGAGACUGCGAGGUGAAGGUCUGUGACCCAGGCCAGGCGUGUGUGUAUCGCACACGAACGUCUGGCACGGCCGGAUCAGCUUCGGCGUGGACGUCGCAUUUUGGCAUGGUGGGGAAGCAGUUCCGGCCUCCAGAGAUCUUCGAGAUGCGUUCAUACGAUCCGACAAAGGUGGACUCAUGGUGCCUGGGCUGGGCGACAUGGUACUUCCUAUAUGCGUCGGCGAUUUUUGAGACGGCUACUUUAGACGACGAACGGUACCAGCUAUUCGCGAACGGAGACAUUGCCGGGUUAUUGCGGAACUGCUGCAUCGAAAACGCUUCGGACUUGGCUGUGGAUUUUGUGCUCAAGCUCAUGGCUAUCGAUCCCGCGCGGCGCAUGAGCAUGCAGGAGGCCUUGGCACACCCUUUCCUUGCGCGUACAGCCGGAGCCAGCCAGCUCAACGUGCAUAUGUUCCCCUUCCCGGUCGAGCCCAAGCCGCCGCCCUCUGCGCUCAAAAUAGCGCUCACGGGCUUGUCGCUCAUCAAAGAACCUCUUGACCGAUUCAAAUCCUUCCGCUACCUAGCCUACAGCUUCCCCGAACUGAGUCAGGCCCUACUCUGCGUAGACGACGCCCUCCGAACUAGUCAGGAUACCGCGUCGUGCUGGCGGACUGACGCUACCACGGUCUCCAAUUUGCUACCACCCGGCGACUCGGCCACGAAGGUGAAACUGGGGCAGGCUAAGCCUGUGGGCACAAAUGCGUCCCUACUCUCCUCGGCCGAACGGAGGUGCCGUAAAACCCUUGAGAAAAUCGCUCAACACGCGCCUUACAUACCCUCCUACUAUACCAAGACGUUGAUGCCGCUCCUAUGCAACUCCUCCAAACCUAGUUGCACAAUUCGAUACCUCAAUGAUAAGCCGAAAUCCACCAUGGACUCCUCCCUGAUGAGCGCCAGUCUGCCUGGCCAACGGGCCAUUUCCAAGGGUGCAAGGACCUCUCCUAAGAAUCCAGGCACUCCGCAUUUAUUGGACAGCCAUCUCGACUAG